ACAGCUAAAAGCGUGCAUCUUCUUCGCUAAUAUUAUUAGCAAACAUGAGAUUAUUUCAAAUUGUCUCAUAAUGAAGACGUCGGAGACACAUAGGCAACUUCCCGGCGAAGUUUUCUCCCGAGCUUUCUUUUGAUUCAAGUCUCAUCUUCUUCCUAACGUGCUAAUGUUUUUUCCCUGACGUGGCAGCACACGUCUUCUGUUGGGCGAUAAUGGAUGAGGCCCAUUAACUUGAGUAAUGGGCUUUACUGUGUUAAAUGGGUUAUUUAAUUGUGACCGGGUUUGGAUCUGGUCCGACCCGACAGGGAGUUGAAAAACAAAGGGAAAACACACAGAGAGGCGGCGUUAAACAGUGAGAGAGACAAGGAAGAGGAAGAGGAAUAAAGAUGAACAAGAAGGAGAUCUUCAAGCUAGCAAAGGGUUUCAGGGGAAGAGCGAAGAACUGCAUAAGAAUCGCGAGGGAGAGAGUGGAGAAAGCUCUUCAGUACUCUUACAGAGACAGGCGCAACAAGAAACGUGAGAUGCGAGGUCUCUGGAUCGAGCGUAUCAACGCCGGCUCUCGUCAGCACGGUGUGAACUACGGUAACUUUAUCCACGGACUGAUGAAGGAGAACAUCCAGCUGAACCGUAAAGUCCUCUCUGAGUUGUCUAUGCACGAACCUUACAGCUUCAAAGCACUCGUUGACGUCUCCCGCAACUCCUUCCCUGGUAACAAGAACGUUGUCCAAGCCCCUCGGAAAGUAGACAUUUCUUCCAUUAAUGCCUAGUUAUUAUGAACAUGUCUCUCCUUUCUUGUUCUCUUUCAAACAAAGAACACAUACCGUUUAGUUUUUUUUUGUUUGAAUCACAUGAACACAAACAAGAGCUUCACAAUCUUUGAGCCAAUGUAUUUCUGUCUUCUUA